ACGAGGGAGCGUCGCGACGUUCGUAACGUCGAACGCCCAACGCAGUUCCAACGCGUGCGGGCUACAGUGUUGGCUUUCCCCCCCCUUUUCUCCCUCUCUCUUUCCCUUCCUCUUCACGCACUCGCUGGUGUUUCUUUCUCUAUUUUUUUUGUCCCUUUUACUUUUUUUUUCUCGUCUUCGCUCGACCGUCCUUCGCGAAGUUCGCACGCGAGGAGUAUUCGGUCUGUGUGAUCGGUUGUCUAUCCCGUGUGAGCGCGCGAGCUCGCGCAGCCGCGUGCAAGUUAUUUUGGUUCAGUUUUUUUUUCUUCCCCGUGUGGUGUGCUGUUGGAAUGUCUCAUAUCUUCGUGGUUUGAAGAAGCAAAAAGGUUCGAGGUAGCUGUGUGGUUUGGUUUGAGUGGUGGAAAAGAAGUGGAGCUUUCUCUGUUUUUUGUUUGGUGUCGUGAGGAUUUGUUGUCGACGGCGGAAAUUCGGCGGCGUCAGCGGUGGCUGGCAAUGACGACGUCGUCGACUAUGAUCUCGACGGCGUCGGAUGUGGAGUGCGAUGUGCUUCGUAAACGUCGGAGGCGUCGAGAGUGAGAGGGUUCACGUGAGUUAGUGACUGCACAGCGUCAACGCGUGCAGCAGCUGCACGUUCACCAUGCAACACCAUCAUCCGAUGGCGGACGGGUACGGCGCUCUUCCCAUGGACCUGCACGUGUCUUCACAGGGGUACCAUCCUUACUUCAGGUACCUCGACUCAUCCAUGGUCAUGAAGGCAGGCGGAGACGAUGGGACAGGAGCAGCCGUCGUCCAAUCACGUAUCCUUGAGAUGCGCAAGGAGAAGAGCCGUGAUGCGGCUCGUUCCCGGCGCGGCAAAGAGAACUACGAGUUCUACGAGCUGGCCAAGAUGCUGCCGUUACCUGCGGCCAUCACAAGCCAGCUGGACAAGGCCUCCAUCAUCCGACUCACCAUCUCCUACCUCAAACUCAGAGACUUCUCACAGCACGGCGAUCGACCAUGGUCUAGGGACCUGCCUCCUACUUCUUCCCAAUCUUCAAAGGCACUCAAAGGUCCUCUCCGUGGUCGAUCGAUGGCAAAUUUCGCCAUGGAUAUCUUCGAACAGCAUCAAGGCACACAUAUCUUACAGUCAUUGGACGGCUUCACGUUCGCUCUGGCAGCCGACGGAAGAUUCUUGUACAUAUCGGAAACAGUGUCCAUCUACUUGGGCCUUUCUCAAGUGGAAAUGACUGGUAGUAGCGUGUUCGACUACAUCCAUCAACAAGAUCAUGCCGAGCUGGCCGAGCAACUGGGGAUCAACCUGUCUCAGUCUCUGUCUUCCCCUUCCGGUGGGUCAGGUGGUUCGGACGAUGGUUCAUCGACGCCAAACUCUCUCGAUAGGCCUGCUCCUGUGAUGACUCUCGGUGCCAGCGCAGCAUACAAGGGUUUGGAACGGUCCUUCUGCAUUCGCAUGAAGUCUACCCUUACUAAGCGAGGCUGUCACUUCAAGUCGUCGGGCUACCGGGUAGUACUAGUGCUGUGCCAUUUACGGCCGCAGUACGCGUUCUCACCAAGCCGGAGUAACAAGCAGCCACCCAACCUCAUGGGCAUGGUGGCCAUGGCGAUUGCACUGCCUCCGCCCUCAGUCAACGAAGUACGUCUCGAGAGCGACAUGUUCGUCAUGCGGCUCACAUUCGACUUUCGAGUCGCACACUGCGAACCCAGGAUAUCGGAACUCCUGGAUUACACACCUGAAGACAUCACAGGAAGGAACAUGUACUCUCUCUGCCACGGCCAGGACGUUCAGAAGCUUAGGAAGUGUCACGUUGAUUUAAUGAACAAGGGACAAGUAAUGAGCAGCUAUUACCGGCUCAUGAACAAGAACGGCGGCUACACCUGGGUCCAAACGUGCGCUACAGUCAUCUGCAAUAACAAAAACUCGGAGGAACAGAGUAUCAUAUGUGUCAACUAUGUCAUCAGCAGUGGUAUUGAGUACGAGAACUGCAUAAUGGACAGCAGCCAGCUUCGCGGUGCAAGCGACGUCAAGCCAGAUGACCCCAACAACUCUGAAAGAGGAUCCACGCCUGACAAUGAUGGGCGAGACGACCACUCGCCUCGAGACCCGGAGCCCAGGCCUUCGCCAAAGUCACACGAAACUCAUUCUCUAGGGGGCCAAGACGGCACAGCCUCAGCGGAUCACCUUACGCAGCUUGGCACAGUCAACAAGGUCGAAGCCCUCAGGAGUUCCGCUAAGAUACGAGGAUCUCGUGCAAUGGACUCUAAUUAUGCUCCGGUGAACUGCAACACGUACAUCGACCCUUACCAGCAGGAUGUUGUCUGUAGUGUAACAGACCCAUCACCCGCCCCUAUCCCUAAGAACCUCCGCAAGCGGCCGGCCGAAGACGGCAACUGUCGCAGCAGCCCCAAGUCACGGCCAGGCAGCCGAUCUAGUCUUCAGCCACUGCAGCCCAGUAGUCCCGCUCGCAGCCUACCAUCCUCAGACCAGCCGAGCGCUCCUGGUUUUCUUCACCGAGACGAAGACAGGGGUGCAGGAUCCUGCUCCCCUCCGGGAGCUUGCGAUGACUCCUGUGAUGGUCCUGACGGCCUGUCGCGACCCUGGAAGGCAGGCGGCGGAAGCUCGAACCAGAAUUCUACCGAGGCCUCCAGCUUAACGGUGAGAGAACUCGAAGACGCGAUGAAGAAACACCUCCCUGAAUCGAGAGGUCUUAUUGGCGGUCCUUCGCCACCUCAGAGACCUUCAGCAGCGACGAUCCAGUGGAUCGGAGGCCCUCAAACGACGGGAACUGCAGGACCCCCUCCGCCGCUGCCGGCGUCAACCUUACUUCGCCAGCUGUACGUUAGCAGAGAAUCGGUGAUACGAUCCGGUUCUCAUGUUAGCGGUUCAUCGCGGCCGACGUACUACGGAGACGUUCCGACACCACCUGAAGGGCCCUGGGGCGCGGCAGACGCGUUCAUGCUGCCGGGCAAAGACGGGACUCCUUACGGUGUCUUACCCUACCCCGGCUACGUCGAUGCACCUCCACCCCCAUUUUCCGCUGUCACUCCUCCGUCGUCUGUCUCGCCAAGGGAUAGCAAGCUAGGCUUAGCGGAAAGCCCGGCAUUCUCGGAAGCAGCAGCGGCGGCCGCGGCGGCGGCGAUGCCGCACAUGAGACACUACGUUGCGGCAGCGGCAGCGGAACUACCGCUGAAGCCACAAGUACUGGUGCAUCCUGGUGGACUGGACUAUGCGACGCAACAAGAGCAGCAACUCUACACCAGUGGCUUUCAUUUGUACGGCAAACCGAACGGUGGUUGGUACGCGCAACAACCGAACUCUUAGUCGUACUAGACUUUCUUUAAAAAAAAAUAUCCAACACCGGUGUUGAAGAUUGAGGCAGCUGAUGGUGAUGAGUUCGGCUGCUAUGGAGACUUUUUGUGUGGCUUUUAAAACUAGGUGGAGCGGGUGUCUCAGUUUCGGCUGCUAGCCACGAUGUACACCAAAAGUACAUUCCCAUUGUCAUUCCACAAUUACCAUUCUGUGAUGAUCAUCAGAGAUAGAGGGAGUGAUCUUAGUGUGCCCUUUAGUUACCCUGAGGGAUCAACUUGCGAAAACUGACGAAGGCCUAUAUUUUUUUUCUAUUUUAUGUAAAACAGAGUGGCUUACGUGUCGCAGGAACUUAAAAAAUACAGCCACGUAAAUAUUUUACUGAUACAGUGCUGUUUCAAUAUUUCCUCAGAUUUUUUUUUUUUUUUGAAGAUCAAAACCUGUACUCAGUGUUGGCGGAAAACGAAAAGGAGAGAAAUACCAUUUUGAUCGCGAGACCGCGAGGGUUUACUUUCUCUCUGAAGAUGUGCUACCCCAUACGAUUACUCGGUUCACCAUCCAUUCCUUUUCUCAAUUGUUGCAUAAAAACAAUAAAAUAACGAAAGAAUAACCUAAGGAAAGAUUACCCGCGAUCAUAUGAAGUAUGAAUACUUUGCAAACCGGGAAGAAAUCAACAAAAUGGUUUUCAAAUUGAAUGCCUGAUUUAAUAACCCAAUCGCUUUCCCUCAGUGCGUGAUGUAAAUAGACCCUGUAAAUGAACCCACUGCGUUGGUUUAUAGGCGUUUUUUUUCCUUUUCCUUUGUUUCCUUCUAUUGUUCAUAGUAUCUGGUGGGAAUUUUUUUCACUUUGUGACCAAUUCGCUUCAGGAUGGAAAUCUGGAUCCCCGAAUUUUUUUUGUUCGUGUGCAUAAUGUUUCCGUGUGGAGAAUAUUGUGAUAUAGAAAAGAAGUUUAUAUAUUACUCAAAAGAAAAAAAAAACUAUCUAUGUAGUAAAUAUAUAGAUCUUAUGAAGCAGAAACACCGCACGAAAACGGAAAAAAAAUGAAACAAACAAAUCUAAUGUUUUUACGAGACUGAAAACAUGCAUUCACGUUCUGUUUCCAAGAAGAUUUGGAUGAUUUUCUUUCUUUUUUGAAAAGUUUCGCAAAAUGUGCUGGAGCAAGUUCGGCACAUUGCGGAGAGCCUGUUUGUGUGCAUCGACGACUUGAAGCAGAUGUAGUGAAUUGAGUAUUGUCUAUGUAAAUACACUUAGCAGCUUCUCUUGCUCCCAGCAUUCUCUUUGCCCCUCGGCAUGUCACGAAAAAGUCAAAAAAGGUUCUCGUGAGUAGAAAAAAAAAUUCUAUCGACACAGGUUACGUGUCUUCUUGCGACUGGAAGGCGUGGAAAUAAACAAAAAUGUUGAGUGA